AAAGCUCAUUUUCUGUGGCCACAUUUUACACUGACAACAUGACUCCUGUCGUUUUACUCCUGCUGCCUCUUCUCCUGCUCCCAGGGGCUCGACUCGAGGAAUCCGAGUCUCUUCCCAUUGAGAUCCAGGUGAUGAACAGUGUGACGAACGCUCCGGCUCAGACCUACAGCGCGUCUGUGGUGAAAGGAGGAAUCCUGCUCGGAGCCAUGAAGAGACUCAUGGCGUCCAACGCAGGGUUUAAAUUCACAUUCGAGGAGAACCUAAACUUUGGCCCUUUCCUGGUCAGUGUGAACGGUUUGGCUGGUGACCCUGAGGACCACACAUACUGGGAGCUCCUGGUCAAGACUCCCACGGGCGACACGCUCCGACUGGAUGUGGGGAUCGGAUGUUAUGUCCCAAAAGCCCACGAGCAAAUCAUUCUGAAUUUUAAUAAAUGGUGAGAAUUCAGCAACUGAUGAUCAACAUAAAGAAAUGUGUCUGAUGUGAUCAAUAAAGCUCCAUUCAAACACAGCUGUGUGUUCAACAUCAAUGUCUGUGAGUUAAACAUCACACACUCAUAUUUGACAGUGGGUCAUAAAGUGUUCAAUUCAGGAGAUUGUUUUGUUAUUUUUUUUACAUUUCUUUUAAUAUUUUGCUUCACCUCCUGAGACCUGAGCUCUUUCAUGUUGUGGCUUUAUUAAUUUCUAUUUGUUCUUUGGGCUGAUUGGACCUGAUGAUGUAAAAACAAAGAAUUAUAUUUUACAUUAUGUAGUUUUUGUGGAGAAAAGUGAUGUCAAACGAAUGUCCUCAUAUGUGGACAUUUUUAAUCAUUUUGAUAAAACAUUUGAAUAAUGAUUUGCAAAAACUAUUUAUUAAGACCAAUAAUGUGUCUCAUGUGAAGAGCUGCAGACAGGGGAGACAUGAACCUUUACAAAAAAAAAUAUUCUAAACAUUCUAAACUCUUAAAAAAUUUCCAAAUUGAAUAUAUUUGCAUUGUUGCUGUUCUUAAUGAUGUUAUUCUUCUUCUAAAAAUCUGCAUUGUGGCAUAAGACACAGUGACAUAUGUGUGACUCAUAGAAAAAACAAACUGAUUAUGUUUUAUACACAUCAUGUUUAAUUAUGGAGUUGGACUAAAGCCAUAAAAUCCAACUAAUGCAGUUGAAGGACUGAUGAUUAUUUUUACACUUUUAUCCUCCAUGUCAAAACAAACCAACCCCAAAUGAUUACGAUAAACAGGAGAAAAUAUCUUUCUCUUCCUUGUCAAGUGCCAUUGCAUAAUUAAAAUACUGUGU